GUUACGUCAAACCAAAGAAUAACAUAUGGUUUAAAUAAGACUGUGGUUACCAUGUAUAUACAACAUAAAUAUACAAUUUAUAUAUAUCAGACAGAGACGCAAUGAUGGAGAGUUUCACCGGAGAUGCAGCGGCGGAGAGCUUCAAUGAUGGAACUGCAGAGGCGGAGAGCUUCACCCGAGUUGCAGCGGCGGAGAGCUUCACCGCAGAUGCAGCGGCGGAGAGAUUCACUGGAGACGGAGAUGCAGAGGGGGAAAGCUUGACCUGAGAUGCAGAGGCCGAGAGGCCCUAGCUUGUAUCAUCAACUUGAACAAUCCUUCGAGUCUUUCUUCAAGCUCUUUCAUGGCUGCCUCUACUCUUCCAUGACAGGCUUCUUUAAUGGCGAGGCACGGCGCCAGCUCCGGGAUCUCGUCUCAUUCUCGCCGAUUCUCCACGGCGGUGAACCCCAUCAACAUAAGCUUACGUUCGAAACAACUAAUUCAGCUCGGACGCAUCAACAAUCCCGAUACCUUUCCAGAGAUCACUCAUCAGAAAGAACUCCAAGCGUCAUCGCUCACCUCGAAGCUCGACGACUGCACCGGCCUCCACCAAAUCAAACAAGUCCACGCUCACGUUAUCCGACAAGGACACGACCAAAGCUGCUACAUCAUCACCAAGCUAAUCCGCACGCUCACCAGGCUCGGCGUCCCCAUGGAUCCCUACCCUCGCCGCGUGAUGGAGCUUGUUCAGUUCCGCAACCCCUUCCUCUGGACCGCCGUGAUUCGCGGCUACGCGGUUCAAGGUAACCUGUCGGAAGCCGUUUCUAUGUAUGGAUGCAUGAGGAAAGAAGGGAUCACUCCUGCUUCUUUCACUUUCUCUGCUCUUUUGAAAGCUUGCGGUUCGGUCGGAGAUUUGAGUUUAGGUCGGCAGUUUCACGCGCAGACCUUUCGACUCAGUGGGUUCUGUUCUGUAUACGUUGGCAACACAAUGAUCGAUCUGUAUGUGAAAUGCGGGUCUAUGGAAUGUGCACGUAAGGUGUUCGAUGAAAUGCCUGAACGGGACGUGAUAUCGUGGACUGAGCUUAUAGCAGUGUAUGCGAAAGCUGGGGAUAUGGACUCCGCAGCGGAGCUGUUUGAAAACUUGCCGAAGAAGGAUAUUGUGGCUUGGACAGCUAUGGUUACGGGGUUUGUGCAGAACGCUAAACCUCAGGAAGCGUUAGAGUAUUUCCAUAGAAUGGAGAUGUCAGGAGUUUUACCUGAUGAAGUUGCUGUCGUCGGGUUUAUAUCGGCUUGUGCGCAGCUUGGAGCAAGCAAAUACGCGGACCGGGCUGUCGAAAUCGCUUUAAAAUCUGGUUAUUCUCCUAGUGGUCACGUUGUUAUAGGCUCUGCGUUGAUAGAUAUGUACUCAAAAUGUGGAGAUGUAGAAGAAGCAGUAAAUGUGUUUGAGUCGAUGAACAACAAGAAUGUUUUCUCUUACAGUUCUAUGAUCCUUGGUCUCGCUAUGCACGGGCGUGCUCGCGAGGCUUUGGAUCUGUUCCAUUACAUGGUAAAACAGACCACGAUAAAACCAAACACGGUUACUUUCGUUGGUGUGCUUACGGCUUGUAGCCACGCAGGACUUGUAGACCAAGGGCGUCAAAUAUUCGCGUCUAUGCAUCAAACAUUCGGCGUUGAACCAACGUGUGACCUCUAUACCUGUAUGGUCGAUCUUCUAGGCCGUGCAGGAAGGUUGCAAGAAGCUCUUGAAGUGAUUAAAACAAUGUCCGUGGAGCCACACGGAGGUGUGUGGGGUGCGUUGCUCGGCGCCUGCAAGAUCCACAAGGAUCCUGACGUUGCGGAGAUCGCUGCAAAACAUUUGUUUGAGAUUGAACCAGAUGUUAUCGGUAACUAUAUCUUGCUAUGUAAUGUAUACGCUUCAGCUGGUGACUGGGAAGGUGUUUUAAGCGUGCGGAAACUGAUUAAAGAAAAGGGUUUGAAGAAGACACCAGCGGUUAGCUGGGUUGUGGAUGAGAAUGGUCAGACGCACAAGUUUUUCCCGGGAAAUAUGAACCAUCCGAUGUCGGAUAAGAUUCAAGAGACGUUAGAAGAGCUUGUACAGAGAUUAACUGUUCUAGGUUAUGAACCGGAUUUGAGCUCCGUUCCCUACAAUGCGAGUGAUGAUGAGAAGAGGUCGAUACUGAUUUGUCACACUGAGAAGCUGGCUUUAGCGUUCUCCUUGCUCACUACGAGCAGAGAUUGUGAGAUAAAGAUAAUGAAGAAUCUGAGGAUGUGUCAAGAUUGUCACACGUUUAUGCGUUUGGCGUCGGAGGUCACAGGGAGGGUUAUUAUAAUGAGGGAUAAUAUGAGAUUCCAUCACUUUAGGAGUGGAGCUUGUUCCUGUGGUGAUUUUUGGUGAGAGUCGAGGUUAUACUAGACCA